AAGAAAAGGCGCGUUGUUCUAAACAUGCUUAGAGCAGAUGUGAAUCUUGUAGAUCAGCCUUUAAUGGAUAAAAGCAAGUAACUGUUGAUAUUUUACUGACGACAAUGUCGUACAACGAUCCUGACGACGUGAAGCUUUCAGACGUGGAUUUAGCAGAUUUAGAAACUUUUGACAGUUGCGUUUUCGGAGAACUUCAAGGACCUGAAGAUGACAACAAAAGAGAACUAAUCAAAAAGGGAAUAAUUUAUUAUGGGAAAUUAAUAUCUGGAAGUGAUAAACCGGACCCGGUGAAUUUCUGCAAACUUGGACAUCUCCAUCUACUUUCUGAAGACUAUCACAAAUCUUUGUCAGCAUACAACAAAUACUAUCUGCUUGAAAGAGAAUACUGGAAGGACUAUCCUUUUUUGUUUGGUCUUGGAAUAGUCUAUUACCACUUCAGUGCUUACACUUGGACGGUUAAGUUAUUCCAACAACUGCUGUACAACGAGCCUGGAUUUUGUAAAGUGAACGAGGUUCACUGUAGACUUGGUCUUGUAUUUAAAGUCACUGGUGACCAUCAAUUUGCUGUAAAGCAUUUUAAAAGGGCACUCUCAGACCCAAGGAACUGCAGUAUCAGCAAGCCUGAAAUCCGUUUCCACCUUGGACACUUGUAUGAAAUUCAAGGCAAGUAUAGUGAGGCAAGAUCGGAAUACGAACAGAUUAUAGCUCUCCCAGCAACCCAAGUCAAGCCUUUUGUACAAGCAAACACUUUGAGGCAGUUAGGAUGGAUGCACCAUACUGUUGAAGUGUUUGGCGAUGCAACUACUAGAGCAGAAACUGCACUUCAGUUUCUACAGCGUUCUAUUGAAAUUGACAGGAAUAAUGGUCAAACUUGGUAUUUUCUAGGAAGGUAUUAUUCAAGCAUGGGUAAAGUACACGAUGCAUUUGUUUCUUAUCGGCAAUCUAUUGACAAAUCCGAAGCAAGUGCAGACACUUGGUGUUCAAUUGGUGUUUUAUACCAGGAACAAAACCAGCCAAUGGAUGCACUGCAGGCAUACAUCUGUGCAGUGCAGCUCGACAGAAACCACGAAGCGGCUUGGAGAGACUUGGCUAUUUUGUAUGAAGCGUGCCAGCAACCACGAGAUGCUCUCGUGUGUUAUUUAAAUUCUCAGCAUUGUGCACAUUUCAAAAACCAGCACUCACAGGAUGAGGAGUUAAGUCUUCGAAUCAAGAUCCUUCAGGAUCAAGUUGGCCCUCCUGGUAAUGAACAUCUUAACAAAAGUCGAAUUCUUCCUUGUAUUGAAGAUGCUUGGACGUUACCGAUACCUGCUGAACUAACUCAGCGACAAAGUGCUUUUAAAUGUCCACCUUCCCAACAAAGAAGGCCUCAUUCAAACCACCGAAGAUCUGACCCCACCACCCCACCAGUCAACCCUCCCUCCAACCUGGUUCACCCUCCAAAACCCCCCGCCACCCACACCCCAUCAGUGUCCGCCACAGACCCCAAACAUCUACCUGGUGCCACCGUAACAUCACCCGUCAACAAAUCCCCAGGAGUCGUGCCGCGGCCCGCAGUGAAAAGAAGGAAGGUUGAGGCCUCACCUGAGACAUGGCAGCCACCCAUGUGGUAUCUCACUGCUCAACAAAUCCAAGUACUUCAAAACCUACGUCUCAACCGUUCUAUACUAACUUCGAACCAACUGAUGGAGCUAGAGAGACUUGAACACAACUUUGCUAUCAUGACACAACACCAAACGGCUGUGAAGGAAGAGAUUGAGAAGCAAAGAUUGAUGGCAGUUGCUGUGAGGAAUCAAGCACAAGCACCCAGCUCUGUACCAACAGCUACAGCGGUAAACACCUUGCCUGGGAACAUAGUUACGAGUAUCGUGACCUCUCCUACAGUAAAUGGGAUUAUUCCUAGCCCUACAACAGUGAGCAACUCAGUCACUACUAUCCAUACCAUCCCAAGCAGUAAAGAACAACAGAGAUACCCUAAAAAUGCAAUGGUCAAUGGCACCAUGGAUAGCCACCAGUACAAAGAGAGUGCUAUGGACAAAGGAAAUUUAAAACAAGCGUACACUCAAGCUGUUACAGCUCCCGGUUUCCCAGACACUAAUGGAGUGAAUGGUAUCUUCUCACCGUGCUCUACAUCUAGCUUACCAGUAUAUACUCCCGUACCACAAACCACUACCUCAUUACAUGGACAAAAAGCUGUAGCGACGUCCAAUGGUCCACCUAUACCAAUGGACGAUUCUAGGACAAUAAAACAUCACGGUCACGAUCCAAACUUGCUAUUUAAGCACGGUGACGACCUGGGUGUGAGGUACAAUAGUGUCAUGGACACACCGCAGGACACGCCAUCUAGUGACAGUGGUCUCUCCGUGCAUACCUCCACUAACCCGCACCAACUGCAAACUAAACUCGCGAACCAUGUUCAGCAAAUAGGUGUAACGAACGGAGGUAUUGUUAGCAUUAAACCCUCACCACCAUUGUCACAUACAUCGCGCAACUCAGGUGGGGACAGUGUCCUAUCUCCACCUUCCAUGUCAUUGUCAGGGGAACACAGACAAUCACCGGUAAAAUCAGAACAAACUGACCAGAAGGAUAUAUUAUCUGAAGACAAGUGCCUGAAACAAGCCUAUGAGCUUUCAGUAAUACCAGGCCGGCCUUUACCACCUCUGUUACAACCAAUUGGAAUACCAGACACAGUACCAGCCAGAGAUGUAAUUCAGACCUGCAGGAAACUAACUUGUAAUGGAUCUUCACCUAAACAUCUGCAUCUAGAAAAGUGUCCUCCUCCCUCUAAACCUCCACUGAGGAAACACGUGAUUUCAAAAGAGGAUCUUAGUCCUCCUGCUCCAACAAUAUAUCUUGAGUCAAAGAAAGAAGCCAUGUCGCGAGCAUUAGCCGACUUUUGCACGAAUCCUCAAAAUCCAGUCACUGUGAUCCGUGGUCUAGCAGCUGCGUUAAAACUUGACCUCGGUCUCUUUUCAACCAAAACAUUGGUGGAAAGUAAUCCACAGUGCACGGUGGAGGUUCGAACUCAGGCCCAGCAACCUUCAGAGGAAAAUUGGGACACCACCGGAACAAACAAAGUUUGGUUGUGUGAAAGCAGUCGUUCUUACAGCAGCAUAGCCAAGUAUGCUCAGUAUCAGGCCAUGACAUUCCAGGAAUCCCUAAAGGAAGAAGAAAUGAAGCGUCAAAGUCAGACUGGGGAUAAAUCCCAUCGUGGGUCAAGUGAUUCACCCAGUGACCCAGGUGCUAGCAAAUCUAGCUCAAAACGGAAAACGUUUAAAACCAUCAAAUUUGGGACGAACAUUGACCUUUCUAAUGAAAAGAAAUGGAGACUUCAGCUUCAGGAAUUGUCGAAGUUACCGUGGCUGUUUCGGCUUGUAUCUGCUGGCAACAUGUUGAGCCACGUUGGCCACAAUAUUCUUGGAAUGAACACCAUCCAGUUGUACAUGAAGGUACCGGGUUCGCGCACACCUGGUCACCAGGAGAACAACAACUACUCUGCUAUUAACAUCAACAUUGGACCUGGUGAUUGUGAAUGGUUUGCUGUGCCAGAGGAAUACUGGGGAGAGAUUCAUACUCUUUGCCAAAAACACAACAUCAACUACUUGUCGGGAUCAUGGUGGCCGGUGUUAGAAGAUCUCUACCAUGCAAACAUACCAGUAUAUAGGUUUAUACAGAAGCCUGGUGACUUGGUGUGGCUUAACGCUGGGACAGUACAUUGGGUGCAAGCUGUGGGCUGGUGCAACAACAUCGCAUGGAACGUAGGUCUUGUGUCUGCCCAUCAGUACCAGAUGACCGUGGAAAGAUACGAAUGGAAUAAGUUGUCCGGAUAUAAAUCUAUUGUUCCAAUUAUCCAACUAACAUGGAAUAUGGCGAAACAUGUUCGGAUUACUGAUCCAAAGUUAUUUCAUAUGAUGAGAACAUGCAUGAUGAGGACAUUAUGGCAGAGCCAGCAGAUGCUUGAUAACUUAAAGAAGAACAACAUAGAUGUGAUAUGGCAUGGCAAGAAUGAAGAGGAACAUUCGCAUUACUGUGAAACAUGCGAGGUUGAAUUAUUCAAUUUAUUAUUCGUUCGUCGCUCUGAGAACAAUCUUCAAAAUCAACAUCUGGUGCAUUGCCUUAACUGUGCAAGGAAUCUUAACACAGACUUGGAAAACUUUGUUGUUCUCAACCAGUUUCACACCGAUGAGCUCAUGAGAGUAUAUGACAGCUUCACCCUUGCGAAGCGGUCAAAAACCUGACGUCACGUGAUCUAACGCCUUUCGAGCGAUCGACGCAUGCAGUCACGUGACCGUGAGAAGCUCUUCCGCACCUCGCACGUCGGUCAGCUCUCUAUGCAACAGCAAGUGCCCAGAUAUUGGCCCGAUGCCGCUUGGCGUCCACAAAUACGCGCACCACAUUUGGCCUUUUGGAUGGGAGCGGUACCCCGCACAGCGAACUUGUUUAUUCACCUCUUAUCUACCACCAAGAAAACUUUUCGCUUUAGCUGCGCUUUUAAUUUGGUUUUACACAAACACACCACUUAAAAUUGGCGUUCCCAAGUGUACAUACAUGCGUUUUACUUGGCAUGAUUUUGCUCGGAUAACCAGGAGCUUGCAGCAUAAUUAAAUAAGUCCCACCGUUCAACCAAACGCUUUGCAUGUUACAUUUCGAUACCAAAUCUUUCUUUUCUCACGUCCCUUGGGCAUGAAUUUUAAGUUUUGUGCAAUAGAAUGGCUAGAUUUGUCACAAACGGUGUAAUCUCUGGUACAACAUGUUCACACCACGAGAGAGAGAAAGGAAACUGUACCAUACGAUUUCCGCAUGAGGCGCACUCGAACACCAAAAAACCUAUCGUUAUUUUCACCGUACUUCAUGCCUAUUUGCUCUUGUUUCAGCGCCGACGCAACCGGUAUGUGUCAAUUUAGAUAUUUUUUCUAAGAAAAAACUUGUUUAUUCUACGUUCAUUCAUCUUCGUAAGUUUGUAUGUUUGUUGUUUUUUUAUCGCUCGACUUUCGGUCGGAACGGACAACGCAAUGAAAUCUCACCAAUUUUCCCCUUUUUGUUAUGUUUUCACCGAAAUUAUUCUUAUUCAUGUUUGCGUCCUAUUGUAGACUGCAGACAAGUUUUGCUGGUUCCUGUAACACGUGCGAACACUUAAAAGGAUAUAAAAUAUACGCCGCUAAACUGAG